UCAAAAAUUUAAACUGACCUAAGAAACGACUGAGUCUUACCUCCCUUGAAAGAAAUAGAGUAUGCGAAGGGAAGAAGAGGGAAGAGGGAGCGAGUGAGUGAGUAAGAGAGUGUGGAAUUUGAAGCAUUGUGGUUGGUGCAGAGAAUAAAAGAAGAGAAAAGAAAAAGGUGAUUGUUUGUGAAUGAUGAUGUCUGGGAGCAGAGGAAGGUUGGAGUUGGUGGUGAAGAACCGGUUGAUGAGUUUCUUGAUCUGGCAAUCCAUUUCAUCAGCUAUCGUCUUCCUCCAUUUUCUCUGCUUUCCCUUCUCUCCACCUCACUACCCUUUCUUCUCCUUCAUCGUCUUCCUCUCCUCCAACCUCCUCUUCUCCCCCACCCUCUCCUUCCUCUCCUCCCCCAACCCCCGCCCCCGCCUCCCCCUCUCUCUCCUUUUUGCCACCGCCGCCGCCUUCUCCGCCGCCCUCUGCCUCCCCGCCACCACCCUCACCUCGUCCACUCUCCCCCGAUCAAUCCUCCGGGGCUUCCUCACCGGCUCCCUCUUCGCUUCUCAUUACCUUUUCCAGCGCCGAUGGCUCCUCCACUUCCCCAUCAUCCAGCGUCCUCCCUUUUUCAGCUUCAAGAUGGGUGUUCCUUCCGCUGCUCGAAAAGCCUUCAAGCUUUCCUUUCUUGCUUCCGUUAUAUCCGGUGUUCUGUUAGAGCUUCUCCCGCAUCCGUUUAAGUACGCGGUCGCCACUCCAAGAUUCUUCGUGGAGCAGAUAUCCUCUCUUGCUACCACUUUUGUUAUCUUCUUCUCUUGGGAGUUGACUCAUCAUUUGCAUUGGGUUUUGCACACUAAGAGGUCCAUAUUUGCACCUCCAAAAGGAUCGGCAGCAGCAGAAACAAAUCCAAGUGAGCAUCUCCUUUCAGCCUUGGAGGAGACUAAUCCUACAUCGCUUCUAAGAUAUCUUGCACAUCUUGAUCUGUGUAUGGUUUGCGAGAACAAUGUUGACACUUGGAGGCGUGCGGGGUUUUUUGAAGAAACCGGUGAAACUUACAAAAGAGUAGUUGCUGUGUGCUUGAAGCCGUUGGAACACCUUGCAACUAAAUUAGGUGAAGGCUCAGGAAAUUCUGUUGACAAAGCUACUCAAUUAUCAAAUCAGCUGUUGUCCCCCACGGAUUUGAAGAACGUGGAAGAACUGUACAACUUCCAGCUAUAUGCAUGGUGUUCAAGGAGUGUUGCUUCACUGACUGCCUGUUCACGUAAAGAAGACAAGUUUGGGGUUGCUCAGCUUUCCGGGAGUAACGCUGCUGUGGUUUCAACACUUCUAUCCUGCCUUCUGGCUGUUGAAAAUUUCAUGGGAAAGAAAACAAACCUGCAACCCUCAAAUCAGUUGCUGGGACCUGCUGGUAUCAAAUGGGCAACUGUGAAUAGUGGAAGAGUAGAUGUUGCAGCUGGUAAAAGAAGAAGUGGCCCAGUGAAUUCAAAAGCUUAUGCUAUUGCUGACGUUCUGAAGACUUCAAUCUACCAAAUAGUCUCUGCAUUCCAAGAUGAAAUGUCGGCUGGUGCUAAAGCAAAUCUUCUGGAGAAGGACUGGAUCACCACUGGGAAGCCCGUUUUUGGCACUCGGGAGAUGCUAAUACAAAAAUUACGUAUUUUUCUUGAUUUUCGAGCUACCUAACUGCCUCGUUGUAGCGUGUUUUGAAUACUACUUUCCUUAUUAAACAUGCUUGUAAGACAUUAUACGCCCAGGAAGUUGACAAGUGAGGAGAUGUAGAUGGAAUGGAAGGAAAAGGUUCAGUUUUGCUGUAGAAAUUCGAGAUGAACGAUAUUAAUCUCUUGAGAUUUUGUUGAAGAUACUGGCAUUGACAG